AUGGAAUUGGGAACAGCAGCUACUUCAAAACCCCCACAAAUCUCAGAAAUGUUUCAGAAGUUUGCAAUUGCAUUCAAAGCGAAAACCUUCGAAUUCUUCACCGAAGAAGAAGAAUCCGCCGCCAACUCCGCCGCUGUAUCAGCUGCUGUCUCCGAUACUGAAGAUGGGUUCACUCUUCUUGACUCCGCCGAAGACUUCAUCACCGAUCAGAAAGUCAUCAUCAUCAAACCUGAUUUGAAUUUGAAAAGUCAAAAUCAAAGUGUUUCUGCUUCUAUCAUACAACCCUUCAAUACCCACUUCGGUAACUAUCUAAUUUCAUCUGUUUUCGCUGUGAUUUCAUCUUUCGAAGCUUCGUAUCUUCAAUUACAAACAGCCCAUGUGCCGUUUGAUGAAGAAGGGAUUAUGAUUAAUGAUAAAGCUUUAGUGAAUCAACUUCAGAAAUUAUACGAUUUGAGGGGAUUGUAUAUAGAUUCUCGAAAGAAUCCGGAUUUUAAUCUUGAUUUCACAACCGGGUCUUGUUUGGAAGCUCAGGUUAAUGAGAAUCAGAACAAAUUAAGAGCUUUAGAAACCAUGUUUAAUAGAUUGCAGUCAGAUAUCGACGGGAAAGACGACAAGGUUUCGAUGUUAAAGAAGCAAUUGGCGGACAUCGAGGAGUGUAAUUCCAAACUAUCAGUCAAAUUGUCGAAAAACUUAAAACCCCCAAAUGGUUUUUUGCCAACAAUUAGGGUUUUCGAUUCAAUGUUACGUGACGCCUGUCGAUCUUCACAUCAGUUCACAAAACUUUUGAUCCAGUUGAUGAAAAAAGCAGGGUGGGAUUUAGAUUUAGCAGCUAAUUACGUUCAUCCUGACGUUACGUACGCAAGAAAGGGGCAUAAUCGUUACGCCUUUCUAUCAUAUGUCUCUUUGGGUAUGUUUCAAGGUUUUGAUUCCGAAAAUUUUGGUGUGAUCGGAAGUGAAUCCUCCGAUAACUCAAUGGAACUAUUUGAUCACGUAUCAGUUAACCCAUUGGAAACACUAAACAAGAACCCUAGUUUCCCUUUCUCAAAAUAUUGUGAAAGAAAGUACGAAGAACUUGUGCAUCCAACAAUGGAGUCUUCAAUAUUCAAGAAUUUGGACAUAAAGAAGGAGGUUUUGGAUUCAUGGAAGUCUUUAAGCAUAUUCUAUGAAGCAUUUGUUAAUAUGUCUAGCUCAAUGUGGUUACUUCAUAAACUGGCACGAUCAUUUACUCCACCAGUUGAGAUCUUUCAAGUGGAAAAAGGUGUUGACUUUUCAAUGGUUUACAUGGAAGAUGUAACAAAAAAAGAUAAAUUUCAUCAUGACAAGGGUUUAUCAAAAGUGGGGUUUACAGUUGUACCUGGAUUCAAAAUUGGAAGAACAGUUGUUCAAUCUCAAGUUUAUUUAAGUGGAUCAAAGCAUACAAAAUAA